GCACUUAUCAGCAUUAUGGUGGUGUUGACGGAGAUGUAGGUCAGGCAGGGUUGAAGCGCGGGAGCCGCCGUUUUCUUUCUUCCUGAGCAGCAGUGUGCUUGUGACCCGCCCCUACACUCGUCUGCUUCCCUCCUCUCUCGCUCUGGCUUGGCAACAUGGAGGGGAAGAGCAGGCCUGCUACUGUCCUCACACAUCUGACGCUGAUAACUGUUGUUCUGCUGUCUUCAUCCUCCUGUGCACGAGUUGGAGUAGGGCAUACCAGAGGAGACGGAGCUGUCUACCAUGAGGAAGCCUUAGUGCAUGCACUACUGGAUGAGUAUGUGAAGGAGGCCAGGCCUGUUCAGCUUUCAUCGCAGGCAGUUAAUGUGUCAAUUUCCUUUUCAUUUGUCCGAAUUGAGGAUCUGAUAGAAUCAACAGACACAUUUUCAGCAACAGUAUACAUAGCACAGACAUGGAAAGAUCCACGUCUUCGUUGGAAUGUGUCAGACUUUGGAGGAGUGCAACAGAUUACAUUACCAAAAGAGAAAGUGUGGACACCAGACAUUGUUCUCUAUAAUGUUGCAGUGCAAGGAACACCAGAACCCAGGUAUGAAGACACAGUGAUUGUCUUGUUUGAUGGCAGCCUCAUCUGGGUGCCAAUGAUGACCAUAUACAGCACAUGCCCCAUGGACCUGAGGAACUUUCCAUAUGACACACAAGUCUGUACUAUGGUUUUUGGUUCCUGGAAGUAUUCUUCCAAAGAUAUGUCUGUCACGUUUGUGUCCAGUAAUGAAAAGGAGGUGGAUGUGAAUCUUAGUGAUGAUGACUCCAGCUACCCCAUCCAUGAACACCCACAGUGGGAUCUACUUGACAACAAAGCAAAAGCAAAGAUAUCCCAGAAAACCUACCCAUGCUGUUCGGACGUCUAUACACUGAUCUCCAUCACCUGUCGCAUGCAGCGCAAGCCACAAUUUUACAGAUAUCUUACAGUGGGCCCUGCAGCAGUGACUGGUCUUUUAGUGCCAGCCAUCUUCCUGCUGCCUGCAAGGAUGAAAGAGAAAACUACUUUUGGUCUCCUGUUGUUCCUCUGUCUAGCUCUGAUGAUGUCAAUCCUAGAAAAUGCCAUCCCCUUCAAUCAUGGCUCUCUCCCUCACAUAGCUUCAUUUUAUCUUGGAACUAUGAUCCUGACCUGUUUUAGUAUCUUCCUGUCCAUUAUUGUAACAAACAUCAGUGCCACGGGCGCACGAAGACGACCUCUUCCAGCAUGGUUACGCACAUUGUUUCUGGGCCGUCUGGGGCUACGCCGGCUGCUUUGUGUUGGCGACUACUUUCCUGUUGACAACCUGUAUUCAUCAGCCCUUCGUUCUGAUGACACAUUCUUGUUGGAGCAUCCUCAAAAUGGUGAUGCUAGCUCAGGUCCUUCAACUCCAACAGAGUGGCAUCUGAAAGAAAUGCUUCGUUGCAUCCGUUUUAUCAUGGGAAAAAUGGCGGCUGAUGAUUCUUAUCACAAUGUCAAUCAGGAGUGGGAAGAACUAGCUCGUGUUAUUGACAGGUGCCUGUUUUUUGUUUUCUUUGGAUUUUACAUUUUUACGGCUGUGUCACUGCUGCUGUAAAAUGACAAUGUUACCCAAGAUGCUUUAUGUUUCUACAAAGUUUGAAAUACUUUCUAGCUUUCAGUGAUCAGUUUCAAAUAUGAUCAUGACACAUCAAGAUAAACAUGCCUUUUGUGUAAAUAAUAAAAAGAACAAAUCAGAUUUGUGUAAAAUAAGAGAUAUAGAAAUUAUAUAAAAUAAAUGUUCGCAGAUAUCAAGAACAAAUUUUUAUUUAAGCAGGAGCAUAAUCAGAUCACAUUUGCUUGAGUCAUAUCAGACAAACAUAAAGCUGUAUAUACAGAUGGUCAAAGGAGGACUGGCUGUCUGCUGAGUUCCUUAUUAGUGUAUAUUGUUCUUCGUUACUGGUCAAAUACUCAUGAUUUUGAUGGUUUAGAAAUAGUGUUCAUUACAGCAAUAACUUCGAAUUUCCUUUCUUACUUUCUUUUUCUCUUUCUAUAAAUUGCUUGCCCUUGAUAUGUGCAGCUUUGUGACCUCCCAAGUGAAGUGUGUAUAGAAGAGUGUGGUUACUUCACAGUUGCUUUACAUCUGUUAUGUAUAUAAUUAAAAACUAUUUCAAUGUCUGUUAAUUGAGGUGAUGUUUUCUAUUGUUAUUUGCUUUUAUGUAAAUACCAAACAUUUAAGUAACAUUUAAAUUAAAAUCAUUACAAAUGAUGCUACCUCAGCUAAAAUUAUCGAGCAAUGACUGAAACAUGACAGUUGGUACCAACUUUGAAUGGGUGAAUUUCUAUCCAUGACCCAUUCAACUAUGGAGUAUCCAGUUGAUGAUUAUCAGCACUUAAAAUGCAAGUAGGAUUUAACAUUUUUGUUUCCAUGAGGCUGAAGAUGGGGAGUGGUUUGAUAUGUUUACUUGGUGUACCAAAGACAUGAAGGUUCAGUCAAUAAAAUUAAUUUUGUUUACAGUUAUAAUGCAGGUUUCAGACCAGUUAGUACAAGUUAGACUUUUUAACACAAGCUGUGCUCAUUAGAUAUUUGAAUGCUAUUGAUACUUGCAUUAGAAUUAACAUCAACUGAUCGACCUUUUAUACAUUUUCUAUGACAUAUUUUUUUUAGUUUUAUUCAAGCAAGAUUCAAAAUAAUGAUCUAUACUUCAUACUUUGAUGUUUGCUAAUAUCCUGUUUAAUGACCUUUUACAGGUUGUUUCCUCUUGUCACAAAAAUGUUUUUCAUUGUCACAGAUAUGAAUCCUAGUCCCUUACAAUAUCCAUGUCAGUUUAUUAAAUUAUUCUGUUCAUCUUAUUGAACCCCUUCAUAUCAUUAUCCAGACACUUUGUUAUACUUUCUGACAUUGAUGUUGGCCUGGGUCCAAUCGUCCUGUCUGAAGGGAGGUAAUACAAUUUGAAGGUGGAAUGGACAUCACGUUUUAGAUUAUGUGUAUGUGGAGUAUUUAACUUCUUCGAAUAUAAGUUCCUUAAUUUAUGGAGAUGUUGCACAACUGUUUUGUAGCAUUGUUAAUACAGCUGCUCAGUUUUAGUUUUUCAAUUAAAAAACAGAUGGAUACCAAAAAACCACCAGCUGCAGUAACAUACCAUCAGACUGAUUCCAUGACCAUUAUAAAUUAAGGGCAUGCAUGCUCUCUCUCACUCGUGCUUGCUGCUACUGUAAGUAGAGAAAUAUUGUAAAGUGUUUUGUGGAUUUAUGAAAAUCACAUUUCUGCAAAAAUGACUGUCCACCAGGUUGUGAAACUUUUUAAGUCAAAUAAAACGUAUUCAUGUUUGAGGAAAGUCACAUCACUUUUGUAUAUUUUUGCAUAUAUACAUACACAAAAUGUUUGCUGUCAAUGUUUAUUAUCAUUCUUGUACUCCAACCACAUGUUGAUUUAUUUAAACAUUAAAGAGUUUUGUUUCCUUAGUAAGUUUAUGUAUUCUCUGUAAUUAAGAAUUUUAAGAUGUAUUUUUUUGCAAGAUUUUUUGCAAUCAUUCUAUAGUCAUAAGGGAGACUAUUGAGUGAAAUUUAAAGCAAAAGGAAUGUUGCAAUAGCCCUGAGUCUGUAAUCAUGGACAAAUAAAGCAUCGAAUUUCUUGGG